AAGGAAUAUUCACGGUAUUAGCAACAACAUGACAACAGAAGCAGCAGCCCGCGCCUUUUUCUCUGCGCCCUAUUUCGCUGUCGUCGGCGCAUCCAGCGACCCCACGAAAUUCGGACACAAGAUAUUCACAUGGUACACCCAUCACUCCCUUCCAGUAACGCCAAUCAACCCCGGCUCCGCUACCAUAAAGGCUUUCCCCCCGUGGCCCGCCCUCGAAAUCCAAGAAUACCCUACACUGCCCAACCUCUCAGCUCUACCACACCCCACGGAGACAUCUGUGAGUAUCAUCACACCGCCGAAGGUCACGGCGAAGGUGCUUGAGGAAGCGAAGAAGCUCGGGAUCAAGGGCGUAUGGCUUCAGCCGGGCACUUUCGAUGACGAGAUCUUGAAGAAGGCGAAGGAGGAUUUUGAGGCUGCCGUUGGCGGUGAUGGGGGAAGGGGAGGUGAGGGUUGGUGCGUGCUGGUUGAUGGGGAGUGGGUUGGGAGGAAGGCAGGGCUGAAAUUGUGAGGGGAAUAUUAGUGGGGAUGAGAGAGGCACGAGCAGGGACGGAAUCUGAAAUAGUUGGAGUUUCAAAGGCGUUCAGGAGGUAGGAUUCGGGAUUAACUACAUGGGAUUUGGACAGAAUGAGGCUAUGGCUUUAUGAUAAUGAGUUCAUGUCGGAACUCCAUUCGAUAUUGC